AUGGCAGCUUCUUCAUCUUCAACCACUCCUCAAUUGAAGAACUAUGAUGUCUUUCUUAGUUUCAGAGGCCAAGACACCCGCUAUAAUUUUACAAGCCAUCUCUAUGAGGCUUUGUGUCGCAAAAAGAUUGAAACUUUCAUGGAUGACCAACUGAUAAGAGGAGAAGAGAUUUCGUCAUCUCUUUUGAAUACAAUUAAAGCAUCAAAGAUUUCUGUCAUCAUUUUCUCACAAAAUUAUGCGUCUUCAAGAUGGUGUCUCCAAGAACUUGAACAGAUUCUUGAUUGCAAGAAAACGAAGCAGCAGAUUGUACUACCAAUUUUCCAUAAGGUAGACCCAUCUCAUGUAAGGCAUCAGAAAGAGAGUUUUGGGAAGGGAUUUGCUGAACUUCAAGACCGUUUUAAGGAACAGCCGGAGAUGCUGCAAGGAUGGAAGAGUGCGUUGAACGAAGCAGCUAAUCAAUCUGGUUGGACUAUAGAUGCAAAAACGUAUGAAACUGAACUCAUAGAUGAAAUUUCAUGUGAUAUAUUGAAAAGACUAAAUAAAUUGUCUCCAAGUGGUUAUGAAGACCUGGUUGGAAUAGAAUUUUCAAUAAACAAAAUAGAGUCUUUGUUGCACAAGGGAUCAAAUGGUGUUUCCAAAAUAGGAAUUUGGGGCAUAGGAGGUAUAGGCAAAACAACUAUUGCUAGUGUUGUAUUCAACAAAAUCUUUAAACAGUUUGAAGGAUGCUAUUUUGCUGAAAAUAUUAGGGAAGAGUCGGAGAAAAAUAGUAGAUUAGUUCACUUGAAAAAAGAAAUUCUUUCCGUGAUAUUAAAUGAUAGAGAUGCCAAUAUAAGACUCACCUACUCAAGAGAAAGACUUCAAAAACAGAAGGUUCUUAUUGUUUUUGAUGAUGUGACGUCUUCACAGCAAAUAGAAGAUUUGAUUGGAAACCUUAACUUGUUGAGCUCGGAAAGUCUAAUUAUCAUAACAACAAGAGAUAAACAAGUGUUGAGAAAUUGUGAUGUAGACGAUGCUUAUAUAUAA